CUUCUACCCAAGCGUCAACAUGCUCCAUCAAGUGCUCCCCCAGCUAAUUCGUUUGGACGCUCGAACUCUGCAGCCAAGGUGGAGCGCAUCUGGUUUCAGUGCUGCAGACAGGUAUCCAGCGGAUAGACGUGUACUCUGUCGGCUAAUUGAUUUUGGCGGCAUUCCCACGGUACCCGUACUUCCUGCCCCGUCGUAUCAGAUACAAAGGAGCCAAAACCGCGCAGUGCAGAAGGCGUGGGAAGAUAUUACAAAAGAUCGUUGCAUCUAAUUGAAAUGCAAUCUGUGGUGCUAAUAGCGGUUCCAGUGGGCAUUUUUGUAGCCCUCAUAUUCAUAGUGAUAAUGUAUACAUGGAAGGAACAUGAUAAACACAAAAAAUGUCGAUCACCACAGCAACCACAACGUCCUGCCGCUGUACCGACUACCACAUUAGUUUAUACGAUUCCUACAAUAAGACAACUCGAAGUAAUGUUCCCCAAUUUUACGGAAGUCACCCUGGUUCAAUGCAGCGACCAGUUACCGCCUUCUUACGCAGAUGUUUCAAUGCCUCCUCCCAGUUAUGAUCAAAUUCAAAUUGACGUCCGAUUCUUGAAUGACAAGAAAGUAGUUGACCAUGGAAAUUCGAACGAGCAAAAUCCGAUCACGUAGUAGAUAACACGUAAUUAGGGACAUCUAGUUCGUGUUUAUUUAAGCUCUUAGUUUUUAACUAGAAGAUUGUGAUUUAAAUAAUUUAUUUAUAAAUUAGAAUUAAUACAUAAGGACCACAUACAUUCAUAAUACAUAAUGUUUUUCACGA